AUGAAGGUGAUUUGGCGCCUACCCGAGCGGACCCCGCCCCCGACCCCGGAGUAUAAAACGCUGGCGAUAGUUCUGGGUGGCCAGGCCCAGCGCAUCCACUGCCAGCACGAGGCCAAAAGGAAAGCCCAUCGAAUCGCUCCACUUGACUCUCUUCUAAUGACCACUCACGCUCACCAGCGCAACGGAAACUCGCAUGGCCAGAACUACGACGAUCGAAACAGAUACCGUCCCCGAGAUCGCUCCGAGGACCGGGAGAUGAACAGAAAGUACGACCGGAACCGCUCGAGGGGCCAGGCUCGUGAUCGCGAUCGUGCUCGUGAUGAUGACCAUGUCGAGCGCCCUUUGUACGAAAGUAACGGCAGAAAGGAGUGGAACAGAGGCUCCGAUAAGGACCGAGGCCCCACGCGCUCAAUGAGCCCAUCAAGAUCCCGCUCACGAAGUCCGAGUCAUACCUACUCUCGAUCACGCUCACGAUCUCGAGUUAGAUCUUCCUCGCAUUCGAAUUCCACCGACCUCUACUACCACCCGGUCCGUUCACCUUCGCCCGUCCCCCCUAUGCCUCCUCGUCCACCCAAAAGCAAGCUGCGCCCAACCCCUGUUGCUCGAGAUUGCGAGGUGCUGGCCUACGACUCCUUACGCUCGAAAUCGCCUUCUCAUUCUCCCCGUUCUCCUCGCCGGCCUCGAUCCUUCAGAUCAAGAACCCCACCCUCUGCCUUUUCUGGCUCUUCCCUUGAUGGACGGCCUUGUCCGGACCUGCAGCUCCCGCGGACGUUCGAGCUCUCGUUCUCCGAAGAGAUCGCGUCCUUAUCGUCGACGACGAUCGAUCGAAGCGGAUAUAGGCCCCCCACCCGUGCCUCCUCGGCCUCCCAUCGGACCCAGCGCCCCGAGGUGGCUGAUCAGUCCGAGUUGGAUGGUGCUCCUAAAACUUCUGAAGAAGCUUCCCAAGAAACUGCUCAAGAAGAUGGCGAAUCUCUUGAUCCCGUGACUGCCCCGAAGAAAGCGCCUCUUCCGAUUUCGCCACCACCUGCCAUCCCGCAACCUCCGCAAUCACCCAAGCGGAUACGCACCAAUGUCUCUACCACUCGAAAGCUUCCUGGAAUGCCACCCACGGCGCCUGUCGCACAAACCAGUGCAGGUGUUCUCGAGACCACCCACGCGUCCUCAACUGCUCCCAUUGCUCACGACUUUACACAUAGUCGACGCACGACGUCAAGUCAACCGAGGUCAAGACACUCGCCGCGCAGAAGUCAAUAUCGUGAAGGGGAAUCAGGUGAUUAUAACCACUCGCGGAGAUCGUCUCAUCGUUUCUCGAACCGACGCGAUCACCACGAUGCGCCGCCUGAUGCCCCCACGGAUCCCUUACCCUCGGCCGGAACGAAGGAUGACUGGGGAACGGCCCAAAAAGUUCCCCCAACCCAGCAUACUGCACCUAGUGUUCAUCCGCCCCCCAGAACUGAGUCCCGUAUGGCACCGCCUGGUUAUCCGACGCAGCAUGCCAAUGUCCUACCAGCUGGCUUGCCGGUGCCCACCAAGCCUAGCUCGGCCAUUCCCAGCGCCCCUCCAAGUGGAUCCCAAACGGCGGAACAAACGUUUGCCAGUCAGCAACACCCACCCCAAGGGAUUCGGUCUGCCCAGGGGGGCUCAUUCCAAGCGCACAUCGACGGACAAACAUUUACGAAUGGCCGUCGGGAGACCAAGGAGAUCUACGAGCGGAUCGUGCAGGUGGGAGAAGGGACGUAUGGGAAGGUCUACAAGGCUCGGAACGUGGAGACGGGUGAAUUGGUGGCGAUGAAGCGGAUCCGGAUGGAGGCCGAGAAGGAUGGGUUCCCGAUCACGGCGAUCAGGGAGAUCAAGUUACUCCAAGGACUGCGCCAUCCGAACAUCGUCAAUCUGGUGGAGAUGGUGGUGAGCAAGGGCCACGUCUACAUCGUGUUUGAGUACAUGGACCACGACCUCAGCGGGGUCUUGCACCACCCGCACAUCCAUUUCACGGAUGCGCACACGAAGAGCUUGAUGUGGCAGUUGCUCUGUGGGCUGCAGUACAUGCACGAGCGCGGCGUGCUCCAUCGGGACCUGAAAGGAUCCAACAUCCUCUUGAAUAAGUCUGGCCAGCUGAAGAUCGCCGACUUUGGCCUCGCCAGACGUUUCGAGCGCGGCAAGGAGCCCGGCUGUGAAGGUAGAGGAAGGGGCAGGGACUACACUAAUCGGGUGAUCACGCUGUGGUAUAAGCCGCCCGAGUUGCUGUUCGGCGCGACCGUUUAUGGCGAGGAAGUUGACAUGUGGAGUGCAGGGGCGAUCUUUCUAGAGCUGUUUACGCGGCGGCCGAUAUUCCAGACGGGGGACGAGAUCGACCAGCUGUAUGCGACGUUCAAGCUGAUGGGCACGCCGACGAUGGGCAGCUGGCCGGAGGCGUUCGAGCUGCCGUGGUUCGAGCUGUUCAAGCCGAAGCUCGAGCAGCCCUCGCGGCUCCGCGAGACCUUCUUCGGCCCGGAGAAGAGCGUCCGGACUGAGGCGGGCAUGGCCCUCGCCGAGCGGCUCCUGACCCUUAGACCGCAUGACCGGCCGAGCGCCCGGCAGGCGCUCACGUCGGCCUACUUCACCAGCGAAGAUCCGCCGAUGGAAAUGCCUACUGACAUAUUGUCUGCCGUUAAGGGCGAAUGGCAUGAAUUGGAGAGCAAGCGUGCGCGCCGAAGACGGGAUCUCUGA